AUGCCGUCUCAAGAUUCGAACACUGUUCCAAAAGCUGUAGUGGAGAACCACUCAAGCAAGGUGCCCGUGCUUACCGAGGGCGAUUGCACUCCAGCCGUACUACGCGAAUUCGCGAUUUCCUUCUGCGACUACGCUACCAUAAAGAAGAUUGCCAAGGACGAACAGGUCCCGAUCGCAAUCUCAUGCUUCCGUGAUUUCCGUAUCACCGACCUGCUGGAGUUGGAGGACAAACGCGCCGCUGCACUUGCUGGCACGUUUGAUAAUCUGAUGAGCAUCAUCAGAGGCGUCAUGCUGCCAGCGGAAUGGGAUCUGGACAUUCGGCGCGAGAUCAUGCAGCAGAAGAUGUCGGACGACGACACCUUUCAUCAAUUCUCCACCCUCCUUUGUUCUCGCAACGCGCUGCUUACUGGAUCAAAAUAUCACCUUGCCGACAACCGAAUGCGCUUGCACCUCAAAACCGCAAUGGUCUCUGACCUCAACGAUCUGAUCAUCGAUGACAAGACGGUCAACGAUGAGACGGACUUUGGAAAGUGGGUGAAAGGAGUGGUACGGUUAGAUGGGAGGCGUGUGAAAGAGAAUGCUCGCGCACGUGGGAUGUUUGAGGCACAGCAAAAACGUACGGCACCAGCCGUGGUGACCUACGACGCCCGGCCUAAGAAACUACCCCAUACGAACGAGAACGCCGCGCCUCCUGCCUCUUCAUUGUCUACCCAAGGAACCUGUGGCGGCCGACUCCUGCUGCUGUCCAAAGCGGAUAAACAAUUGCUGAACAAACAUCAUGGCUGUCGCACGUGCCAAAAGUUCUACGUCAAACACCGUUCCUCGGAUCAAGUCUGUACCUUCCCAUCUGCCGACUCCUACAAACCGCUCACCCUCAUUAACGCAAAUGCGAUACGUAACGCGCUAUCCGAGACUCAGGCGGCCAAGUUUGGCAUCACCCGUCUACCGAUCAAGGCUGUUGCGGCUGUCUUCCCAAAAUCAGACAGCGAGAAUGAGGAGGAGGGCAAAGAGAGCAAGUCCGAGGAUGACUUGGCGUCCCGCGUGAGUGAUUGUGAUCAACGUGUGGAUCUGUUGCAUCGGAGCAAACACUUCUUGUGGAAGUUCCUGAUGACCGGUCCACACAUGGAAACCCCCAAUGCUGUACACGGACUGAUUGAUUCUGGGACGCAUAUAGUGUUAAUCCAAGAAGACCUUGUGGAACGACUCGGCCUGCAACGAUUCAAAUUGCAUGAACCUGAAAUGUUUGAUGUGGCAACAGCCAAUGGACUCAAAUCCAAACAAACAAAACUACAUGAAUAUGUGAAAUUGCGUGCUCUCUCUCUAGACCAAUGCUGGGAAUCAAACGUGACCCAUGCCUUGAUGGCUCCCUCUCUGUGUGUAGAUGUUAUACUCGGGCUGCCGUGGUUGGAACGUAACCACAUUGUGAUCGACGCGGAAGCCCGAACUGUUAUCGAUAAACGUGUACAAUACAAUUUACUGGAUCCUGCCCCACUUCCCCCCAAACCCAGCCCACGACUUGGGCUGAAAGAUUGCUUGAAACGCACGCGUGCCGACCUGGGACUUCUGCAGGCAGAAUUAAAAGCAGUGUGCAAGACAAGACGUCUUGACAUGCUAUCCAGGAAUUUGUUCGAACCGGUUAAAGAGACAGACAUGGUGGCGGCAAUCCGAGAACGAAUAGACGUGUUGUCUAAUUGGGAAGCGCUGAAGUGA